AUGAAGAACAGAGUUCGGACCGGUGCUCUUGCUUCGUUCUGGCCAGAGGAAAAACCACCAAGUGACUGCAGCAGCGGUGGGUGUGGGGAUGGCGGUGAACGCGCGGCCCUUGACGAGAUGCCGGGGAGGGGCGUCGGAGCACACGCGCCCGACCCUGUGGAUACCUCCAUCAAAUGGACAGAAAUGACGCCGGAGGUGUUCAGCCCUGUGGACUGGGCGUCGGAGGAGCGACUCGGAUUCCCUCCAAGUUCUAAUUUGGAGGUACGAGCCGCAGAGAUGGAUGCAGAGCCUCUGCUUCGGCUAGCAGCGCAGCGCUGUGAGAAGCACUGGCAAAGUUAUUCACGAGGUUUGCCGUUGCUGGCUGCUGCGAACGCCAAGGUGGAAGAGUUCAUGCGGCGGGCUAUGUGGCACCAUGGCAUCCCACAGCACCUGCGCGGUGUGUUGUGGCUAACGAUAUCUGGUGUUGCGGCGAAGAUGGAUGAGAAUCAGGGUUUCUGUCGAGCACUUUUGAAGCGUCAUGGAUACAUGCGUGGCGAGUAUGCCGAAGCCAUUGAAAAGGAUCUUCACCGCACUUUUCCCGAGCAUCGAUAUUUUGCGGACGGUGGGUUGGGGAUUCGAAAGGCGCGGAAUGUUCUGCAUGCUCUGUGCUGGCGCAAUCCACUUUUGAACUAUUGCCAGUCGUUCAACUAUCUUGUUGCUUUUAUUCUGUUGGUGGUUGACGAUGAGGAAAGCACCUUCUGGCUUAUGUGUCACCUACUAGAAAACUUACUGCCCAACGACUUGUACUCGGAAUCGCUGAUAGGGACAAAGGUGGAUCAACUCGUACUUCAGGCUCUUCUCCAACAGCGCCUCCCGCGUCUUGCACAACACUUUUCGGAGGUGCACUUUGAGGUUGAGACGCUCGUGUCGGCGUGGGUCAUGGCGCUGUUCAUUAAUGUCGUUCCUGUGCAGACGCUCUUGCGUGUGUGGGAUUGUCUUCUUGCCGGCUGGAGCCACUCUUCUGAGCAUUCGUGCGUGCCGCUGGAGGUGGUUUUGGCGGUGUUGAAGUUGCAUCAAAAUGAACUACUACGUUGCAACGAUGCGGGGGAUGUUCUCAUGUGCUUGGACCACGCCACAAAACGUUUAUUUGACGCUGAGAAACUUGUCCGGCUCAUAAGGGAGAUGCGGCUUUCGCCGUCGAACGUGCGGCAGAUGCGUAGAAGUGCAAGGCCGACGGUGGCGGAGGAGCAAUAUAAGCGCGAGAAGCGUCGACAGGAGCUGCUUGAGAGGAAUCGUUUAGGAUAUGAAAAGAAAAAUGGCGGAAUAAUUCAAAUGCGGAGGAGUGAGGAGAAAGAAAAGGACGAUGUGGUGGUGACAGUGGAGGACCCGCAACCGAUUUCCGAAGCGGGCGUUUCUGGGCAACACCGAGAAUUUGUUCCAGCGCCGCCGGUUGAGUCACGCCAAAAGGAGUACCGUGAACGCUUUGCCGGAACGGUUUUUGUUGAGGUGAAUGCGUGGCAUCAAAUUCAGAAGGGCAAAAGCCGCCUUGGGAAUGCGCGGGGGGAGGUGGAUGAAGACUGUGAACGCCCCGCAGUGUCCGGGUGUGCUGUUGGUACCAGAAGAUGGCGGCGAAGGGAGGAAAGUGUCGGGCUUGAGAUGGAGAGCAUUUGCACGGCAAACAGGGAUCAAGAGGAGGUGGAGCAUCAGUGA